AUGAAGUUCCCCAGCGCAGUCUUACUCGCCGUUAUUGGCGCAUUUACUUUGUCGGGAGCCAUUCCGGCACAGCCCAGUGUAAACCCAGCUGCAAGCAACGGGGAAAAGGGUCUCGAAGCUGCUGCCAAUGCCGCCGAGGCAGUGUCCCUUGCAGAGGCAGGAGAUGCUGGGGCUCUUACAACUGGCGCAGCUUUUGCUGCUGCGACUGCCGCAAUUGCGAAAGAGGGCGGAGACGUCAACACCAACGUAAACGCGGCGGGCAAUGGUACUCAAGACGUGCAAGGAAAGAACAACUAG